AUGCCGCUCAACGUUUCGAUUAGUGUCCACGGAGAUAAGAAGGUCGGCCAAUUCAAACCGAUAUACAGAUUCUUUGGGUGCGAUGAACCCAACUACGUCUACAUGAAAGAUGGCGAAAAAUUGAUCCGGAAACUAGGCCAACUUGGAGGCGACCAGGUCUUUUUCCGUGUCCACAACCAGUUCACUACCGGUAAGGGAGUCCAUGCGUUGAAAUGGGGCAGUACAAAUGUCUACACCGAAGACGAGCACGGAAAUCCCAUCUACGACUGGACCAUCAUCGACAAGAUCUACGACACCUGGCUAUCUCGCAACGUCAAGCCCUAUGUCCAGUUUGGGUUCAUGCCUGAGGCCAUGUCCACCAAUCCCCAUCCGUAUCAGCACUCGUGGACACCGACAGCUUCGUAUAAAGAAGUCUUCACUGGCUGGACGUAUCCUCCCAAGGACUACGAGAAGUGGGGAGAGCUUGUUUAUCAAUGGACCAAACACGCGGUCGAGAAAUACGGCAAGGCUGAAGCUGAGACUUGGUACUGGGAGACCUGGAAUGAACCCAACAUUGGCUACUGGCAAGGAACUCAUGAGGAAUUCUGCAAGCUCCACGACUACACGGUCGAGAAUGUGCGGAGGGCACUCCCCACGGCGUUCGUAGGGGGCCCGGAGACGGCCGAUGGUGAACCACCCUACCUGCGGAAGUUCUUCGAGCACUGCCUCCGCGGCAAGAAUUAUGUGACUGGGAAGACGGGCUCCCCUCUCGACUUUACUUCGUUCCACGCCAAAGGGCGGCCGGAGUUCAUUGAGGAGUCACAGCACGUUCGCAUGAAUGUUGGCCGCCAGCUCCGUAUCAUUGAUGAGUCUUUCGGUGUCAUUGCAUCUUUCCCGGAACUCAAGGACAAGCCCAUCGUGAUCGGCGAAUCUGAUCCAGAAGGUGCCGCGGCCGCUCAAGGUCCGCAGCUCGGAUACAGGAACGGGACGAUGUAUUCGUCUUAUACGGCAGCCAGCUUCAUUCGAAAACAAGAUCUUGCGACCAAAAACGGUGUCAAUCUCGAGGGUGCACUGACCUGGGCUUUUGAGUUCGAAGAUCAACCAUAUUUUGCCGGGUUCCGAGUUCUUGCCACCAACGAUAUCGACUUGCCUGUCCUGAAUGUGUUCCGAAUGUUUGCAAAAAUGAGAGGAUCACGACUCGAGGCCACGAGCGAUGCGCAAGUCCCGCUGGAUAGUAUUAUCCAAAAUAGCGUGCGAGAAGGCCCCGACGUGGGAGCUGCUGCGACCCUGGAUGGGGACAAGCUGAGCAUUUUCGUGUGGCAUUAUCAUGACGACGACUUGCCCGGUGAAGUGGCCAAAGUGAACAUCUCCCUGCAAGGAGUGAAAUGGAAUCAAAGCGGUGGUAGCAAACUGACCCACUACCGCAUCGACGAGCACCACAGUAACGCGUACACGGAGUGGAAAGCGAUGGGUUCUCCACAACCACCUUCUGAGGAGCAAUAUAAGAAACUGACCGAGGCUGCCAAACUGGCCACGUUGGGAGAGGACGAGACUGAGAUUGGCACCAAAGAUUCCAAUACGACUUUGUCAAUCUCCCUUCCUCGGCAAGGGGUAUCUCUGAUCGUGCUCGAGGGUGUUUCAUAG